CUUAUCGACUCUUCUUUGAUCCCUAAAUAAUCAUCAAGUUAGCCUCUCACUAUUUGAUUUUCCCCCAAAUUCCUCCACUUUCUUCCUCAAUCGGACGACCGCUAUUCGCCGAUCAUCUUUAGCCGUCCGAUUAGAUGACCUAUGACACCAGCCACCGUUGACGCCGAAGCGCCACCGCCGCCCUGUUCCAACGGUCAGAUUUUUCUAUCCGCAUUUCGAGUUAUUCAAUUGUAUCGUCGGCGAUAAUAGGUUUAGAUUCUACCGGGUUUUUGGAUCGAAAUGGAUCCCGGUUUCGGGUUUAGCUCUUCGUCGAAGCCCGCCGGCGGUCCUUUGCGGCCUCCGCGAUUGGCCAAGCUCCGGAAACCUAUGACCGGUAACCGCCCCAAUUUAUUCCGAUCCGUAUCGCAGUUGGGCGUGGGCCAGGAAGAUCCUGGCUUUAGCGGAGCUAAACCCAAUUUUGAACAUAAUCAGCAAAAUGCGGGUCACGGACAUGUUUUUAGGUCGAAUGAUGGUUUUGUGAAUAAUAAUUUGGAGGAGGAAAUGAGGAGGAUGAAAAUUGAUAGUGAAAUGGGGUAUUCAAAUAGUACGAAUGAGGAAAGUAGUAAUGUGCAUUCGAGUUGCGGGGAUCAGAGCUUCCGUGGCAUUGAUGAGAGUGUGGUUUCUGAAUUGCCUGAGGAUAUGAGAAGGCUGUGUAUUGAAAGCGAACGUUUUAGUAAAUUAAGCGGUGGAAUCAUGGAGGAGCUUCCCAAUAAGAUGAAGAAACUGAAUGUGGAAGAUGGCUCCACGAAUAGUAGCUACAACAGAAGUGAUAGGACGUCUUUAGGUGGCAGCGCUGAUGUGUUGCUCAUGGAGAAGAUGAAAAGCUUUAAAAUUGAAGAUCCUUCGUCAGAUUCUAUGAAUGUGAAGGCUGACGAUGGUAGCUCUAGAGGCGAGAAUGUUAUUGUGUUUGAGUUCAGUGGAAAUGCCAAUCAGCCGGUGGGCUUGAAUAUGACUAAUGCAGGUAGAGACAGUUCUAAUCAUCUUAAGACUAAAACAAGUGAUGUGGAAAAUAUGGAUGAUGUGCCAGCUAGGAAUUUAGGCAAUGUUGGUUCAGACAACAGUUCAGGGUUGUUUGGUUCAAGAUUCACUUUUCAGGCUGAGCCGAAGAGCGAGAAUAGUGGUACUAAUCUGAAGUUUAAGAAUGAAAGGAGUACAACAUCGUUGCCGAUGUUCUCAUCCAGUGACAUUCAUCACACACCACUUGGGAGUGUCCCAGAGAUGCCAUCUGUGGACGGAGGUAACAGGCCACUUGGUUUUGGUUCUUCUAGCAAACUGGAUAAUAUGCAUGCACAAAAUGUGGAGUUCAAGACACCGGAUCCUAGAGCUCACUCAUUAUUUGGUAUGAGUAAGAAAUUAGAUGCAAAGAGAGAACCGGUUAAGGACACUGCAUUAAGAAAAAAGAAGGGUAAAUCUAAGACUCCUGCACAGGUUCCACUGAACUUCCAUAGUGAUUCUGUCUUUCAAGAAACAAUGCAUCAGAAUACUGAAUCUUCUGAGCAAUAUUCGCCUAUGGACUUCUCUCCAUAUGAAGAAACAUUGGCUAGUAACACAUAUUCAAGAGAGACUUCUGUGGCAUCAGAGGAGUCCUCUUGUCAUGGUGAAAACAAUUCUUCGGUAGACUCAUAUCCAAAUGUUUCGUGUGAUAUUGCUGCUGAAGUACUGGUUUCGGCAACAGAAAGAAUGCAUAUAAAUGAAUAUGAUAUGAAAGGCAAUGAAGGGCAAGAUAGACAAUCUGCGUCUCGUGGGAAUGAUGCUAUUAGUGUUGACAGUCAUGAAGAAGAUGCUAUUUCAGGGGCAGAGACUGAAAGCUUUAAGUCUGCUGCUGAUGAGUUAGAUUAUAGCACUGACUCCUUUUACUCUACAGCAGACACUGAAGUGAGCUCCAGUUAUAAAAUUGAGAGACAAGACAGUGAUGGAGGGACUCAGUUUGAACAUAGCAAAAGUUCACCGGAUAUCUUCUCAGGUGGUUUCACUUUUGCUGCAUCUUCUGCUUCUUUCAAGGAUUCUUCACAAUCAAUGCGUAUCCCAAAGAAGAAGACCCGAAGCAAAAAUUCUUUUGAUUCAUUUAGCUCCACACCAAUUGCCAAAGUUUUGCACGGGACAUCCCACCUACCCUCAUUUCAAGUACCUGGGUCUUCAUUCUCAUUACACGAGCAAGGCCAGAAAGAUAGUUUCUCUACUCUGUUGAAACAGAAAAGUGAUAAGUUUGAGCAAGUUCUGGAACUGGCAACAAAACAAGACAAUUCUACAGCUGCUACCAUUGCAGCACAAGAAUCCUGUGAAAAGUGGCGGCUAAGGGGUAAUCAAGCCUAUGCAAAAGGGGACUUCUCAAAAGCUGAGGACUAUUACACUCAAGGAGUUAAUUGUAUUUCCCAAAAUGAAACAUCUAGGAGCUGUCUUAGGGCUCUAAUGCUGUGCUACAGCAAUCGUGCAGCGACACGUAUGUCACUUGGAAGAUUGAGAGACGCACUGGAAGAUUGUAGGAGAGCUACUGAAUUAGAUCCAAGUUUCUUGAAGGUGCAGGCUCGAGCUGCAAGCUGUUACCUUACCCUGGGGGAUAUUGAAAAUGCAACUGUGCAUUUUACAAAGUGUUUGCAAGCAGGACCUGAUGUCUGUGCAGACAGAAAGCUUUUAGUGGAAGCUUCUGAGGGUCUAGAGAAGGCAAAGAAAGUUACAGACUGCAUGGUCAAGGCUGGAGAACUUCUGGGACGAAGAACUAAUAGUGACAUAGCCUGUGCUGUUAACAUUAUUUCGGAUGGUUUGAUGAUAAGCUCUUAUUCUGAGAAAUUGCUUCAAAUGAAAGUGGAUGCUCUUCUUAUGCUGAAGAAUUAUGAAGAGCUGAUACGGUUUUGUGAGCAACUUCUUGGUUCUGUGGAGUCCAACUUUCUGGCACCUGCUUUCGAAAGCCACUUGGUGAACACGCAUGGUUUUGACUCGAAGAGAGCUCCUUUCAGGGCCUGGUGCUCGUCUCUUAUCUUGAAAUCUUAUUUCUACUUAGGGAGAUUGGAGGAAGCCCUCACAUUCCUGAAAAAGCAAGAUGAACAAUUGUCUCUUAUUGAACGUGGCAGUAGAAACUUGGAGUCCAUGAUUCCACUGGCUGGAACUAUACGUGAGCUGCUACACCAUAAGGCUGCAGGAAAUGAGGCAUACAAAUCAGGAAAGCAUUCAGAAGCAGUUGAGCAUUACACUGCUGCAAUAUCAUGUUCCGUUGAAUCACGCCCUUUCACAGCUAUAUGUUUUUGUAACCGUGCUGCUGCAUAUCGAUCAAUGGGCCAACCUUUAGAUGCCAUUGCAGACUGCUGUCUUGCCAUUGCCCUAGAUAGAAAUUAUUACAAGGCCAUCUCUAGGCGAGCUGCAAUAUAUGAAAUGAUUAGAGAUUAUGGGCAAGCAGUUGCUGAUCUGCAAAAUCUUAUACAUCUACUAUCUGAAGAAGUGGACAAGAAGAUGUAUCCAUCUGUUAAAUCUGAUAAAGCUGAUCUUGCAAAUGAGCUUAGACAAGCUAGACUGAAACUUUUAGAAAUGGAAGAGUUCACGAGGAAUGAGACUCCACUCAAUAUGUACCUCAUUCUCGGGGUUGACUCUUCUGCUCCAGCUUCCGAAAUUAAGAAGGCUUAUCGCAAAGCUGCAUUAAAAUAUCACCCCGACAAGGCUGGCCACUCUUUGGCAAGAAAUGACAAUUCAGAUGACCCCAUAUGGAAGGAAAUAGCAGAGGAGGUUCAUAAAGAUGCAGACAGACUCUUCAAAAUAAUUGGAGAGGCAUAUGCGGUACUUUCAGACCCUACAAAGCGGUCACGUUAUGAUCUGGGAGAGGAGAUGCGAAAUGCCCGCAAUGGAAAUAACAGCUCGAAAAAUUUCUCAGAUUUCCAAAGCCACACAUUCGAGAGGAGUAAUUCUAGGAGACAAUGGCAAGAGGCUGGAAGAUCAUAUGGAAACUCAGCUAGAGGGACCGAGAGAAGCCACUACCAUUGGCAAUCAUAAAGGGACUCCUCUGGAUGGAAUCAAAAUGUUCGAAUUAAGGAUAAGGGCAUACAAUUUCGUGCUGGGUUCUUACCAAAGUCCCAGAAUACUUUUGACAUAACUUAAUCCACUCAACAGUGAGGGCUGAUGGACUGGAUCUGAAAUUUUGAUGGCUAGUCCAAGUGAGGCUCUACAAUGUAUAAACCGGAUACUGGCAACUCCCGGGUACGAGGAAAUGGAUGUUUCUGGAUGGAGAAAGAACGAGUCCAUGUUCUUGUUUAUUCACCGUGUUCAACCUUUGGUUCGAACCAGCAUACUAACAGUGUGUUGCUUGACUCAGGAAUUCGUGAAAGAAAAGAGGUAAAACGUUGGUAGCACAGGAACGAGGUUGAGUGUAGCUAAUAAUUUGUGUUUCAUUCUGCUUGAGUGUAUGUAUUUGUCAUAUUCAAAAGCUCCAUGUGCAUAAGCUCUGAUUUUUUUUGUUUUUUUAGAUUAUGCCUUGUUGAAAUUUUUUUCACUGGAAAGAGAAUCUUAGAGCCAUUGGCUGUGUUGGUACUUUGAUAAUGGAGUACAUUUUUGUGCAA